ACAGCCGGCUCACAGUUAUCCAGCUCGGUUCGAUUUUUGCAUUAAUUUUAUGUAUGACGUCGAACAAACCAAAAUGCAAGUAUUUUUUUGGAUUCCGUGCCGCCGUUUUUUCUAUUUCCAUUAUCAUUUUUUUGCUCUUAAUUGCCAAAAUAAAAACUGCUUUAAUUAUCCAACGUGAAAAACGCACUUUAUCUUUUAAAAAUCACAAUUUAACAAUGUCGUGGAUGUGUUCUGGAACAACCAAUAUCGAGCUGGUCAAAAAUUUGGCCCAAGCAAAAAUUAUAUCAUGCAAGCGCGUCAUCUCUGCAAUGCGUACAGUCGACCGUGCGCAUUUUGCCAACCAGCAUCCAUACGAGGAUGCGCCGCAAUGCAUUGGCUUUGGCGCUACAAUUUCGGCGCCGCACAUGCACGGCUACGCGCUUGAAAAUCUCAACCAGUAUUUGCGCCCUGGGAUGAACGCCCUGGAUGUGGGCAGUGGAUCGGGAUACCUCACUGCGUGCAUGGCAGAAAUGGUUGGUGCAUCAGGUCAUGUUGUUGGUAUUGACCACGCACCCGGCCUGGUGAGUCAUUCGAAGGCUGCUAUGGAAAGACACUACCCAGAGUGGAUUCAAAAUGGGCGUGUGCAUUUGGUCGUGGGUGACGGCCGCAAGGGCUAUGCGCCCAUGGCACCUUAUGAUUGCAUUCAUGUUGGCGCAGCCGCACCUGAAGAGCCGACUGAUCUUUUGUCACAGCUGAAAUCGCCAGGCCGUAUGUUUGUCCCAGUUGGCACCAGCGAGCAGUACAUUGUCGUUUACGACAAAGAUACCAAUGGCAACGUGGCUCGGCGCCAAAUAAUGGGUGUAAGAUAUGUCCCGCUAACUGAUCUGGAAAAACAAUACUCGGCGUAAAAAUAUGGUCGUUGCCAAAAUAUAAAUAUUCAAUUAAAUUAUUUGUUGAAAAUAUAUAUAUGAUCUUUACAACAAAAGUAGUAAUGAGGUUAAUUAGUAGAAAGUAGAGUGCACGCGGACCACAGUUCUGGUAAUGACGACAGGGUUGGCGCACUUGUUAACAGGCGCGGAAGACAUAGUGGAGUACAGGUCCUCGGUCGACGACUCGGUGGAGUACUGAUCAACAGUCGACGACUCGGUGGAGUACUGAUCGGCAGUCGACGACUCGGUGGAGUACAGGUCCUCGGUCGACGACUCAGUGGAGUACUGAUCGGCAGUCGACGACUCGGUGGAGUACAGGUCCUCGGUCGACGACUCGGUGGAGUACUGAUCAAC